AAUAAAUCACAAAGAUGCUUUAAGAUUGUGACAAGUACAGAUGACUGAAGAGCCAAAUGAGACGUAAGCAUAAAUCAUCAUUUGAUACAAGUUUUCCUUCUACUUUUUAAUUGAUAUCUUUAAUAUAAGAUGUUAAUCCAGCAUUAGCCACGUAUUUUCUUGUUACUUACGAGUUCAACUCAAGAGAAACACCAAAAAUCUUAAUUGGCCCCUUCAUGAUCUUCAAAUGAUAGACGAAUCUUCAAAACAAUGCGUUUUCUUCAUUUCUUCAAAAUCGUACAAAGACGGGUUUACGAUAUCUUAUCAAGUAGAACCACACUUUUUUGUUUUUUAGCCUUUUUUGUUGUUCUUCCAACAACAAUCAUUAUAAUGUUUGAAAAGAUACUAUGGAUCUGGAAUGGUCAUCAAUCUCUUGUUUUGUUUAGAAGUGAUUUUGGUGGUUUAAUGGUUGAUAAAUCUGGUUCAAUGACAAUUUGUGAAAACAAACCAUCAAUUGAUGUGGUCUACACUUGGGUCAAUGGAUCAGAGGCAAAGUUUAUCGAGAGAUUGUUGAAAGUGAAACGUGAUUAUCUUGAAAUUUACAGCAAUCAGAUAAAUUGUUCCAUUCCAAUGGACUGCAAUAGAUCCAAAAGUAAAUUCAUAUAUUUUGACACAUCUUUAGUUGCCAUUGAUAGUGCCAUUGAUAUCAAAGGACUUGAAAUGUUUGUCAAUAAACAGUUUGAAAUAGUCACAACAGAAUCAUCUCACAAUUAUCAUUUAAUGUAUCUUAAUUUUGAUGAACGUAGAAACUUGGAAGACUAUUUUAAAUUACAAAGUGAACCAAAUGCAAUCAAACCAGUUUAUGUUCGCCUUAGUUGUUCAAACUAUAAUUUGUCCCAUGAAAAACCAAACCUGGCUGAAAGUUUCACUACAAAAAGCUUCAUUUAUUUGUCAUCAACAUUGAAAUCAUCUUCACCUUCAGAAUUAUCAUCGAUUUCAUCAAUAUAUCAAUGGUUGCCGCCUAAGAAACAGUUGCUUAAACUUUUCAAUGAGAAAGAGAGAAGUCAAAUCAAAAGGAUUGUAUUUCAUUCCUCGAGAAGAGCUGCUUUGAUCAUUUUGCAACAAACUAAUUAUCAAGACUUGUUGGUUGGUCGUCUCGUAUCAAUGGGCCAAAAGUACAACUUCAGUGUUGCGUCUGAGUUGAACCUUUACUUAGGUCAAGAAGACUUGUUUGAAUGUUCAGAUGAUAAGAUUUCUGAGUCAAUAACAGUGAACAGAUUUGCUGAUAAUGAUGAAUUGAAAUACUCAAUACGAUCAAUUGAAAAGUUUGCUCCGUGGAUUCGCAAUAUUUACUUGGUUACUAAUGGACAAAUACCGAAUUGGAUUAAUGCUGAUCAUCCUCAGCUGCGCCUGAUAUCCCAUGAGGACAUUUUCCCAAAUAAAAAUGAUCUUCCAACUUUCAACUCAGCUGCCAUUGAAGUCCAUUUACACAGAAUUCCAGGAUUAUCAGAAAAGUUCAUUUAUUUCAAUGAUGAUAUCAUGUUGGGCAAACCAGUCUUUUUGGACGACUUUUACAGUCCAACAAGUGGAUAUAAGAUUUAUCUUGCUUGGCCUGUACCUAACUGUGAGUCUGGUUGUCCAACAAGUUGGUUAGCCGAUGGUUUCUGUGAUCAAGCUUGUAACUCUUCGAUGUGCCUUUUUGAUGGCGGAGAUUGUCUCAACGUAACUUCGACUGAUUCUCGACCUAAUUUAUCCCAUUUAAGAGGAGAAAAGCCAUCACUCGCUACUAAAAGAUCUUUUACUGAUCAAUGCAGACCUUCGUGCGCUGACUUUUGGCUUGGCGAUAAACAAUGUGACAAUGUGUGCAACAAUAUUGAUUGUGCUUUUGAUAUGGGUGAUUGUGGUCUAGAAGGUUAUCAGUUCAUUCCUGGAGAGACGUUUGUUAAAGAUCAAUUUGAUUAUCUUUACCCCUCACCAUCUUCCUCAAUUUAUCUCAACAUGACAAAUCUCAUGUCUACACCAAAUUUUUUACUAACAAGAGCUUCUUAUGAAAAAGACACCCAAAUAAGAUCUGUAACUCUCAACUUGAAGAAUCAAAUUUUGACUGUUCUUUUCAAAUCUAAUAUCACUGAAGUAACAGUUACAAUCAACUUCUCGUACAGAUCAAGUGAAAUCUCAUCUGAUAUUCUUCUUCGAUUGAAUGUAACACCUGAAUAUGAAACUCAAAAUUUAGGGAACCAGAAUAUUCCCUUUCAUGAAAUUGUGAGCAAACAGCCAAUCUACCAACCAACAGUCAAACCCGAUGAUCUUGAUACAAACACUAUUGAUUUCUCGAGUAAUGUGACGAUUCGAGCUGAGCCUCUCAUUAUUUUUGAUCUUAAACCAACUGAAUACAAUUUAAGUUCAGCACAAAUUUUGAAAAUGAUGGAAGAGGCUACAAGAAGAUCUGCCAAUUCAUCUGAAAAGCUGAAUGGCAAUCUUGACAUUGAGAUAUUGAAACUGAUUUCAGAUCUAGUUGAAGGCAAAUAUGAGGAAAGGCCAAUAGGAAAGUUUCCUUGGGAAAAUUUGAGAGACUUCGAAAAAUUGGGCGAAUUAAUUGCUAAUUAUGAAAAAUACUCAACAUUGGGUUAUGGGUUUAAAUCAACUCAAAGACAAUUAUUAGACAUAUUUUCAGAUUCAAUCAAACACGUUAAUUACCUUUACAAUCAAGUAUUUGGCAUCAAAGCGAGAAGAAUCAUCGCUCAUUCACCGAUUUUACUGGAGAAAGAAAUUAUCGAAAGAAUGUGGAAUAGAUUUCCAGAGCAACUUCAAGCAACAUCAUCACAUAAACUUCGAAGCUCGAAUGACAUGCAAUUUGCAUUCUCUUAUUUUAACUUCCUCAUGAGUGAAACUUCACCAACAAAUGAAAAUGAAGUUAUCCAAAGGUUCAACACGGAUGAUUCAAGAGGAUUAUCUGCAAAUGAAUUGAGAUCACUUUUGGCUAAUUUGGUUCAAACUCCGAUAUUGCAAGAUGUAUGGUCUAACUACAGCGUUUGUUGGGAUGGAUUGGAUUUCAACGAAUUGAAACAAUCUGGUGCUGAAAUACCAAUUGAUCAAUUACUGGCUUGUGAUAGACUAGCAGAAAAGUUGAGAGAGAAAUUUUCAGCGACCGAAAAAAAUCGCUUCACAUUAAUGAGUGACGCAGAUGUCGCUUUCACUAUGAUAAGACCUAACACUAAACAGUUGGUUAAGAAACUCGAUCAUCUACGAAGAGACCCAAAGAAAUUUUUGUGUUUUAAUGACGAUCUACAGAGUUCUGAAACAAAAGAAGCACAAACUGCUCGAUCAGAAUUGCGAGAUUAUUAUCAAUAUUUGGUUCCAAAGGCUUCAUCUUAUGAACUACCUCAAGGCCAGCUGAAUCGGUUCAAGGAUAUUUCAGAUUAUCGCCGAUGGAAGCAAAAAAGGAUUUUAAAUCACGACAUGAAUGAAUCAUCGACAUGGUUUUACUUUCUCAUCUAUGGAUCUAUACUGUUUUGGUUAAUUUACAAAGUUUUAACCAAGAUAUCCAUUCACUCAACAAAUUCGUACAAAAUUUCCACACUAAAGAUAUAAAAUGAUUCGUUAUGAAAAUAAAUUAUUCUAAACAUUAUAAAUUUUUAAUUUAAGUUACGUAAACUUUUUCAAUUUGAACUAAUAAAUAGACAAUGCAAGAAUGCAGAGCGAAAUAAAAUCA